GAGUCCAACCAUGCAAAAGAAACCGCCACAACCGAUAAGAUCCAGGACUACAUCUACGACGUCAUCAACCUCACAAUCAAGUACACCAACAUCAUCGAUUAGUGGUGCUGGUAUGUGUGUACGGACAUUGUACACAUGUGAAGCUGAGAACGAUACUGAAUUGUCUUUUGUUGCCAAUCAAAUUAUAGUAAAUGUUCGUCCAUCCAAGGAACCAGGAUGGUUAGAAGGAACCUUAAAUGGCAAGAUUGGACUUGUACCGGAAAACUACGUAGAAAAUAUACCAUAAUCAAUACUAGUAUUACUGUGAAUAGUCAAGUCAACUUCUGACCCAGCAGAGAUAUGUAAUUGAUGUACAGGAAGGAUAUGUAACUGAACAUUAAGCUGCAAAACAUAUUUAGUAUUAUGAAUGUAUCUGUGGUGUGAAUUACCACAAUGUUUGCUGAGUAAUCCAGUCUAUUCAGUAAUAUGCAGAUUUCUAGGGCAGAAAUUCCUUAUGCAUGACCCCUGAAAGUCACAUAUCCUGGUACUUUCUAGACCACCAUAUUCACUGUGAAUAAACGAGAAUUUUUCAAUUGCCUUUUUCAAAUAUAUGCAAGCAGUUGUCAUUGAAGAAUUAUUGACCUUACC